UAUAUAACGCUCUCGGUCCGACCGAUGCUACACAGUUCACUUUAUCCUUUCGAUCUUCAAACAAACAACCAAAAAAUCCAACAUGAAAUCUUUCGUGUGCGUCGUUCUCCUCGCGGCCGUGGCCCUCGCCGCCCCUGAAGGCAAGCGCGACAAGCGUGGCUUCCUGCACGGCGACUUGGACCUCCACUCCUCCUCCCUGCACUUCGGGCACGGCUACGAUGUCCUGGAUGUGCACAGCGCGCCCAUCAUCCACAGCGCUCCCGCUGCCAGGAUCGUGUCUGUUAACAAGCUUGUCGAGGUUCCUAAGGUCGUGGAAGUCCAGAAACUUGUGUCCGUCCCCAAGGUUGUGUCGGUCCCUAAAAUCGUGAAGGUAUCCAAGAUCGUGGAGGAGCCCCACUACUCCUUCUCCUCUCCCCACUACGCCGUUGCCGCGCCCCACUACUCCCUCGGCUCUUCAUACUCCUCCGGAUGGUGGUGAACAGCUGAAUAGUCAAUUUAUAGUCAUUAAUUUCUUAAAAUUACUCUUGUGAAAAAUCUAUAGCUAAACUUUAGAGUCUGAUCAUUCAGUAAAUGUUAUGAAUUUCAUUGUUCAUUCGAACCUUCUCUUUACAAAUAUCAAAUCCUUCUAUUCUUUUCUCAUUCUCAGUGUCUGAUCAGUCUCUAAAGCUUCACUCUCUGUGGAGAAGUCGUGGCGAGUGUAUCACUCAUCAUCGAUUAUCUCCGAGGCUAACCACCACCAAACUUUAUUACUUUUUUAAGAAUAUACUAUGUUUUUUUUAUAA